CCUGGUGAUGUAGAAAAUUCGCUGGUGGGGAUAUCCGAUGGGGCGGCGGAGCGGGAAGAAGCCCUUCUCCUUCUUCUCCAAGAAGGGCCGAUCGGCCAACCGGCUGGAGCUGCAGCCGCUCCCGUCCCCGAUCCCUAAUCAUCUUGCCGCCAAGAACAGCAGCAACCCCGCUGCGGCUUCAGAUAGCGCGACGGCGGCGGCGCAGUUGCAUGGGGUUAAGGCGGCGAAAAAGAAGGCCGGCUCGCGCCUCUGGAUGAGGUUCGAUCGCGCCGGGCAGUCGGAGGUCCUGGAACUCGACAAGAGCGCCAUCAUCAAGCGGGCGGGGAUUCCUCCCCGCGACCUUAGGAUUCUUGGACCCCUCUUCUCCCAUUCGUCGAACAUCCUCGCCAGGGAAAAGGCUAUGGUUGUCAAUCUAGAAUUCAUAAAGGCCAUUGUUACUGCUGAAGAAGUGCUAAUACUGGAUCCUCUGUGUCAAGAAGUUCUCCCUUUUGUAGAUCAGUUAAGGCAACAACUCCCUUUGAAGAGUCCUUUCAGGGUCGAUGAUCCUAAUCUUGAUAAACAAAGCAAAGAUAAACAUGCAACUGGUGAAGAGUGGACAAAAAUAAAUGAGGCAGCUGAAAGUGAACAUGAACUACCAUUUGAGUUUCAGGUGCUUGAGAUUGCACUAGAAGUUGUUUGUUCAUAUUUGGACUGUAGCGUCUCUGAUCUUGAGAAAAAUGCAUACCCUGUGCUUGAUGAAUUAGCCAUGAAUGUUAGCACCAAGAAUCUUGAACGUGUGCGGAGUCUGAAAAGCAACCUUACUCGUUUGCUUGCACAUAUUCAGAAGGUUAGGGAUGAAAUUGAACACCUUUUAGAUGACAACGAGGAUAUGGCCCAUCUAUAUUUAACAAGGAAGCAAAUCCAGAAUCAGCAGUUUGAAGCUUUGAUAGCCUCUGGGGCUUCAAAUAGCAUUGUUGCUGCAGGACCAAACCUCGCAAGACUUGGCUCUAAUUUAAAUUGUAGCGCAAGCAUUAUUUCUAGUAUCUAUGCUGAUGAUAAUGAUGUGGAGGAUUUGGAGAUGUUACUUGAAGCUUAUUUCAUGCAGCUUGAUGGAAUGCGCAACAAAAUUUUGUCGGUGAGGGAAUAUAUUGAUGAUACAGAAGACUAUGUCAACAUCCAGCUUGAUAACCAGCGAAAUGAACUUAUUCAACUCCAGUUGGUAUUAACCAUUGCAUCGUUCGGCAUAGCUGUAGACACCCUUAUCGUAGGUGCAUUUGCAAUGAAUAUCCCCUGCCAGUUAUAUGAUAUUAACCACAUCUUUACCCCCUUUGUUGGAGGCACAUCAGGAGGCUGUGUCCUGAUCACCUUGCUCAUGCUAGCAUAUGCCAGGUGGAAGAAAUUACUUGGGUCUUAAAUGGACCAUGUUCCAGGCAAUGUCAGAGCAAAUAAUUUCACAGCAACAGUUAUGGAUUGGUUAUUUUGAUAAUCUGGUGUGCGAGAUAUGUAAGCAAACACAUCUGGUGUCAGGAUGAUGUCGAUUUAAGCAAGUUAUGGUAUGCAAGAGUACAAGUUUGAUUCCACAUUGCUGCUAAUGUGCGAAAAUCUCUUUUGCUAUUGUGUUAAUAAUCAAACUGCAGAGUUUGGUGCACUUGGACAUCGAUCUAGUCAUCAAGUGAUGUUGCCUUUUUCUCUACCAUAUGGCCUUCCUUUCUUUCUGUUUUGCUGUUUCUAGCUGUUCUUCCUGGUCAUGUAUUGAUUUGUGACUUGUGAGUACAUUUUCUUCAGAAUGGCCACUUAGAUGGGUAAAGAAAUUUUGACA